UGAAAAAAGUCAUUUUUGAUCAAAUCUAGACAGGCCCCAUUUCCAGCAGCCAUCACUCCAACACCUUAUCCUUGAGUAAUCAUGCUAAAUUGCUAAUUUGGUACUAGAAAAUCACUUGCCAUUAUAUCAAACACAGUUGAAAGCUAUUUGGUUCAUUAAAUGAAGCUUAACAUUGUCUUUGUGUUUGUUUUUGAGUUGCCCCAGUAUAAACAAGCGCUAAGCAGAAACCACUUAUACACUUAGCACACACAAAAACAAACUUCUAAAUGGGUUUAUUUCUUGUCUUAAGGGUAGCAGGGGGUCGAACAGGGUUGGUCUGAUUUGCAGAGACACCCACGUGACAUCAAAUUUACCGGUAUCACGUGACUCACUUGGCAGCUUGCCCUCCGUGUUUCUGUAGUUCUUAAAGAUGCUGUCCUGUCUGCUCAUGUUAUCACUUGGACAAAGAAGAUAAACAGAGGACACAACAAGGUUGGAUAAGACCAGUGAGGGCUCUUCCUCUGAGCACCAACACGCCGGCCUUUGGACAGAAUGGAAAAGAACACAGAAUCCACUAAACUGAAUGGCAAACCUGAGGGUUCUCCAGCCCCCUCACAGCCCAGAGAGAGCAUGCAGCUCAAAAAGGAAAUAUCGCUUCUGAACGGCAUCAGCCUCAUCGUGGGUAACAUGAUUGGUUCGGGCAUCUUUGUGUCGCCCAAGGGCGUUCUCAUCUACAGUGCCUCCUACGGACUGUCUCUAGUCAUCUGGGCAAUCGGUGGCAUCUUUUCAGUGGUGGGAGCUCUCUGUUAUGCUGAGCUGGGCACAACCAUCACUAAGUCAGGUGCCAGCUAUGCCUAUAUCCUGGAGUCCUUCGGAGGCUUCAUAGCGUUUAUACGUCUGUGGACGUCGCUGCUCAUCAUUGAACCGACGAGUCAGGCUGUUAUUGCCAUCACUUUUGCCAACUACUUGGUUCAGCCGCUCUUCCCCACCUGCGAGCCCCCCUAUUCUGCUUCUCGCCUCAUUGCUGCAGCCUGUCUCUGCCUUCUGACCUUUAUUAAUGCCGCUUAUGUUAAGUGGGGUACCAGAGUGCAGGAUGUGUUCACAUAUGCUAAAGUGCUGGCCCUCAUCGUCAUUAUAAUCACUGGGAUAGUCAAACUGUGCCAAGGUUUCACAAUGAACUUUGAGGAUUCUUUCCAAGGCUCUUCUCGUGACCCAGGAGAUAUCGCUUUGGCGUUGUACUCUGCUCUUUUCUCAUACUCCGGCUGGGACACUCUUAACUUUGUCACAGAAGAGAUUAAGAACCCUGAAAGGAACCUUCCCCUCUCCAUUGCAAUCUCCAUGCCGAUUGUUACGAUCAUCUACAUCCUCACGAAUGUGGCCUACUACGCUGUGCUUGACAUGAGUGCCAUCCUUGCCAGCGAUGCUGUUGCUGUGACAUUUGCAGACCACACCCUGGGAGUGAUGAGUUGGACCAUCCCCAUUGCAGUUGCUUUGUCAUGUUAUGGAGGACUUAACGCUUCCAUCAUCGCCGCGUCCAGGUUGUUUUUUGUAGGAGCUCGGGAAGGUCAUCUCCCAGACGCUUUGUCCAUGAUUCACGUGGAGAGAUUCACACCAGUUCCUGCUCUGCUAUUUAAUUGCGCCAUGGCUCUGAUCUACCUUACUGUAGAGGAUGUUUUCCAGCUGAUUAACUAUUACAGCUUCAGUUACUGGUUUUUCGUCGGCCUGUCCAUUGCCGGGCAGAUCUACCUUCGCUGGAAGGAGCCAGACAGACCUCGACCGCUUAAGUUGAGUCUGGCUUAUCCCAUCAUCUUCUGCAUGUGUGUUGUGUUCCUGGUGGCUGUGCCAAUUUAUUCUGACACACUCAACUCACUCAUUGGAAUUGCUAUUGCCCUCUCUGGAGUGCCUGUUUAUUUCUUGGGUAUCUAUCUUCCAGAAUCCAAGCGCCCACCCUUCAUCACUAAACUACUACGUGUCAUCACUCGUUUCUCCCAGUUCUCCUGUUUUUGUGUGCUCACUGAGAUGGACACAAGUGAAUAAAACACUAUUCAUCAGAAUACUUACACACUUCUGACCCACUAACCCAAAGGACCAGUUGGGGGAAGAGGAAAUUUUGAAGAUAAGGGAAAAAGAUCUUCCACACUCAUGCACUCUUAAUGUCACUCACUGGCAUUCACUGCAUUGAAUUCUCUUUAUUAUAAAAGGUCUCCACUGAGGUCACGGUGUGUUAUUAGGAACAUUAACUUAUGAACUAUUUGGAAUGACAUCAAGGUCCUACUUAAAAUCUUUGGUUCAUAAUGCAUUCAGAGUCUGUAAAUGAUGGAAAGAUCACCUGGGCAAGAUGCAAUAGUUUGCGUGUGAUAUUGUGAACAUGGCCAAUAAUUAGAUUUAAUUAGAUAUUAUUAGCAUAUUAGAUGUAACUUUUCCCCCAGUUUUUACAUGAUUUUUAGAAUCUAGUUUUUAAAAUUAAGCCGUCAGUUUAUUUAUCCACUUUGUGAAGGCGUUGAUUUUAUUUUCUGCCUCUCUUUGUGGUUUACUUUUUACCAUGACUGUGACAGUGUUUGGAGUGUUUUCUGUCUUGGCUAGAGGUUAGUCUGGUUCAAUUGCCACAUACCUUAACUAGUUUUUAGAGGGAAGGUGAUUGUACUGACUUGAAAGUUCAAAACUGCUGCUAUGCUGUUAGCUUUACUUAAACUGGGCUGCUCAUGAACAUGAAUCACAAGAGGAGGCUAGGUAAGAUUAAAUAUGAAAACAUGUAAACAUUUGUCAGAAAAUACCCUUUCAGUAUAUCAAGUCUGGGUUUAGACCCAUUGAUUAAAAAAACAAUUAAGUAGGUAUUCCACAAGUGAGGAAAAGUCUCUUUGUCCAGAAGCUCACUCCCAGUGUUUUGAGCUUGUGAUUUGUGCUUUUUUUAAUCAGUGUUUUUUUCCUCUGUGUCAAAUUAUCCCACUGCCUCACUGUUGAAAGGGUCAUGAUCAAUUACACCCUUUAAUUGUUCCAUUUGCCAAAAAAUUAGUUUUAAAUUGUCCACUGGUCAAACAAGCAAUAAACUUUCCUGGUUAAAAUUCCAGCUGAACUCAGGAUGCAGGUCCAGAUGAGAUUUCAGGAGUCAACUCUGAUAAAUGUCUACCUUGUAGCAUGAUGAAACGCUCAACAGCUUUAAAAUUAUAUUUUUUGUUAAUUACAUUUAUGGACAAAUGUUCAUUUUAAUUUAUUUUAAAGAAUAUCAAUAAAACAUUUUAUACUGGGCA